GCCGCACCCACCGCGAUGGCCAAGGCGCUCCUCUCCUCCUCGCUGCUCCCCUCCCUCCCGCGCGCCACCGCGGCCGCCCGGCUCUCACCGCUCCCGUCGCUCAGCCGGACCGGGUGCCGACGCGCGGCGGGCUGCAGGGUCAGGGCCAGCCUCGACUCCGUGGGCGGCCUCCACGCGGCGCUCGAGCGCGCCGAGGCGGCGCUCUACACGCUCGCCGACGCGGCCGUCGUCGCGGGGGCCGGGGGAGCGGCAGGAGGGGAUGUGGAGCAGGCGGUGCAGAAGAGCGGCGGCUGGUUCGGGUUCAUCUCCGACGCCAUGGAGGUCGUGCUCAAGGUGAUGAAGGAUGGUCUAUCGGCGGUCCAUGUGCCCUACGCGUACGGGUUCGCCAUCAUCCUGCUCACCGUCGUCGUUAAGGCUGCGACUUUACCGUUAACGAAACAGCAGGUCGAAUCAACUCUGGCGAUGCAGAAUUUGCAGCCACAGCUUAAGGCGAUUCAGAAGAGAUACGAAGGCAAUCAGGAAAGAAUACAGCUGGAGACUGCUCGGUUAUACAAGACAGCUGGAGUUAAUCCUCUAGCAGGAUGUUUGCCAACUUUGGCGACAAUACCUGUCUGGAUUGGACUCUACCAAGCUCUUUCAAAUGUAGCAAAUGAGGGGUUGCUUACAGAGGGAUUUUUCUGGAUUCCAUCUUUGGGAGGCCCUACAACGAUUGCUGCUCGUCAAAGUGGCGCUGGCAUUUCAUGGCUCUUCCCUUUUGUGGAUGGUCAUCCGCCAAUAGGCUGGCAUGACAGCAUAUGCUAUCUUGUGUUGCCAGUGCUACUUGUUGCUUCGCAGUUUGUCUCCAUGGAGAUCAUGAAGCCACCCCAGAGUACUGAUCCAUCGCAGAAGAACACUCAACUUAUUCUAAAAUUUCUUCCAUUUAUGAUUGGGUAUUUCUCUCUGUCGGUGCCAUCAGGAUUGUCCAUUUAUUGGUUUACAAACAACGUCCUCAGCACAGCCCAACAGAUAUGGUUGCGGAAACUGGGAGGAGCAAAGCCUGUUGUGAAUGAGGGAGCAAGCGGAAUCAUAACUGCUGGACGAGCAAAGCGUUCGGGUGCUCAAUCAGGCCAGGGUGGGGAAAGAUUUAAGCAGCUAAAGGAAGAGGAGAACAGGAGAAAAGCUACCAAGGCACUUGGUGCAGGAGAUUCGAAUGGUUCAGCAUCAACUUCAGAUGAUGAAGAGUCGGAUGAGGAUACUACAGAGGAGGGAGGAGCCGUAGAGGAAACUUACAUUGCCGGCACCGACAAGAAACUUCCUACUUACACCGGAAAGAAGGGCAAGAGGUCGAAAAGGAAGCGCAUUGUGCAGUAAUGUGGACAGAGCCUAAUUGGAAUAUGUUUUUGUCAAAACUGGUUAAUUCAGUUGACCAGUGAGCUGCCGACGAUCUCGGGUACAAUUUUGAUGACUACUUGCAUGGGAGGCCUGAUCUUCAGAUGCAGAUAGACAAAAGUUUUACUGCAGGUAUUUGCUGGCAAGCUGUAAGAUGGAAAUACUAGUUGGUUCAGUCAGCAAUUACGGUAGGAUCAUGGGUUAAAUGGAAUAUUAGGCAAACCUGGUUCAGUUUGAGGAGAUGAUAUUUGGAAGAGGUACAUAAACUUCCAUGUGCUGUUCUGUAAGGCAGGUUUCGGAAACAGCUGGAAUCUCAUACCCUGUAGUACAUGUGUAUUUUCUCUACCCCCUCCUGUAACCUAAUACUAACAUUGUUGUUCUCGGGAGUACACUGUAUGCAAAUCGUACGAAAUAGUUUGAUGGAA